AUGGCUACUUUGGGUUCAAGCAUGGGUCCUCAUCUUUUCAAUGUAGUUGAUUUUGGAGCUGUUGGAGAUGGAAUUACAGAUGAUUCCAAAGCUUUCAUGAAAGCAUGGGGAGCUGUUUGCAGAGCUACACAUGAAACUCUUCUCAUAGUCCCACCAAGAAAGACAUUUUUGCUAAAGCCUGUCAAGUUUCUUGGUCCAUGCAAGUCCCCCGGCAUUCAAAUCCUGGUUGAAGGGAAUAUAGUUGCACCGAGUAAAAUAUCAGAAUGGACAACAACAUACAUGGGCAGCUGGAUUGUUUUUGUAAGAGUAAAUGGAGUGAAGGUGACUGGAAAUGGAGAAAUCCAUGGGAAAGGAUUUGAGUGGUGGAGAUGUGCAGUGAAGAGUAAAUGCAUGAGACCUAUGGGGAUGAAAUUUCAUUCUUGCAAUAAUAUUGAAAUUUCUGGAUUGAAAAUCUUUAACACACCAGAAAAGUUUCUAUCUGUAUCUGAUAGUAAUCAUGUCAUCAUCUCAAACCUUCAGAUUAAAAACCCUAAAACAAGCCCUAAUACUGAUGGCAUGGAUCUCACUCAUUCAACCAAUGUCUAUGUCAGGGAUUCUCACAUUUCCACAGGUGAUGAUUGUAUUGCAAUUCUUUCUGGUUGCUCUCGUAUCUUCAUUUCUGGAAUCUCUUGCAUUCAAGGCCAUGGAAUCAGCAUUGGAAGCAUGGGACACAAUGGACAGUAUGAUACAGUGGAAGAAGUACAUGUGAGGAAUUGCAAAUUUGGGUCAAGCUUAAAUGGAGCACACAUCAAAACAUGGCAGGGAGGAUCAGGAUUUGUCAGGAAAGUCACAUUUCAGGAUAUCACAUUACAUAAUACUUCAAACCCCAUCAACAUAGAUCAAUUUUACUGCCCUGGAGGCAAAUGUCCUAAUCAGACCAGGGCAGUCCAAUUAAGUGACAUUUCAUUUAUUGGAUUUAGAGGGACUUCCUUCACUGAAACUGCAAUCAACAUAGCCUGCAGUCAAAGCUUGGGUUGCUCCAACAUUUUUCUAGAUCACAUCAACAUUAUUUCUUCAGAUCCACACAAGAAAGUUCAUUCAAAUUGCUUCAAUGCUCGUGGAAGAUCUACAAAUACUUUUCCUGCUGAAUUUCUGCUUAUAUUACUGGUUGUAGCAUUGGCAAGCUGGAGACCAACCACUGAAGCAAGUACUGCAGAUGUGAUGCAGCAUGGAGCUGCUGGUGAUGGAAAAACAGAUGACUCAAAAGCCUUUCUGAAAGCUUGGGAAAACAUUUGCAAUGGGGAUGAUGCAACUGCUGCUAUCUUAAUCAUACCAGCAGAAAGAACAUUUUUGCUGAAACCUGUGAAGUUUGAAGGUCCAUGCAAAUCCUCUACCAUUAACGUGCAGGUUCUCGGAAAUAUUAUUGCACCAAGUGGCAUUGAUGCAUGGGACGGUGAAGAUAUGAAGAAAUGGCUGGAAUUCUCAAAUGUGAAUGGGCUUGUAGUUAAUGGCAAUGGAAAAAUCGAUGGACAAGGAGAAAUCUGGUGGCAAAAAGCUGACCAACUAGACGCAAGACCCACUGCAUUAACAUUCUCUGCCUGCAACAACCUUCAACUUAGUGGAUUGAGCCAUGUCAACAGCCAGUCGGCCCAUAUCCACAUUACUAGCAGCAACAGUGUCCUUGUCUCCAACCUCUAUAUAAUUGCCCCUGCCUCCAGCCCUAACACUGAUGGAAUUGAUAUUAGCCACUCUACUGAUGCUUGGAUUCAUGAUUCCACCAUUGGAACUGGUGAUGACUGUAUUGCCAUUGGAGGAGACUCCUCAAACAUCAAAAUAACUGGUGUGACAUGUGGACCAGGCCAUGGUAUAAGCAUUGGAAGCUUAGGACAUAAUGGAAACACAGACAUUGUGGAAGAAGUACAUGUAAAAGACUGCAUUCUCAAACGAACAACAAAUGGAGUGAGGAUCAAAACUUGGCAAGGAGGAUCUGGAUAUGCUAGAAAGAUCUCCUUUGAAAAUAUUACACUUGAUGCAGUUGCCAACCCUAUCAUCAUUGAUCAGUUUUACUGUGAUCAUAAAUUCAAAUGCAAAAAUCAAACAUCAGCAGUGAAAGUGAGUAAUGUGAUCUACAAAGGAGUGCAUGGAACUUCAAUCACAGAAGAUUCAAUCAAAUUAAUGUGCAGCCAAAGCAUUAGUUGCAGUGAUAUUGUUCUUAGUGACAUUAACAUAGUAUCUGCAAAUUCUGGGAAACCAACUCAUGCCUUCUGUUCUAAUGCCUAUGGAACAAAUAGCCUCUCUAAUCCAUUGGUCAAUUGUCUAUCAAUUCCUUUAACUUACGAAGGCUGUCACCCUCCAGAAAACUGUCUUCCACCAAGCCAAAACAGGAAGCUUGAGAUCAAGCUUGUAGGAAUGAUAAAUUUUGUGUUUGGCAGUUGCAAGGAAUUGUAG